ACAUCCCGAUGCUGACGAGACAGAGAAGAGUCUCUCCAGAUCAGAACACCAGAUGUCCCUGUAUCGUGCCUCUCCCGGUAGCACCUUACUGCUGGGUAUGAAGAGGUUGUCUGUGCUGCUGGUGGACUGCAGGAAAACAACGGGGCUGAGUGGAACUGUGAGAGGAGGAGAAGAGAAGAAAGGAUCAGAUUUGACUCAUCAAAGAUACGGCACGAGGCUAAUCUCCCGGAGGUCACUAAACUCAACGGAGAAAGAAGUUCUGGUGAAAGGAGACGAAGAAGCUUUCAGGAUGAUAAAGGAGGAAGAGGAGGCUAUUGCUUUGAAAGAAGAAGUGGAUGAUAUUACAGUGAAAGAGGAAGAUGGGAAAGAGGUCAGAGUGGAAAACGAGGAGGUAGAAGCUUUCAGAAUCAAAAAGGAGGAAGAUUCCAUAACAUUGAAAGAAGAGGAAGAACAUGUUGGAGUGAAAGAGGAAGAGGAGGCUAUCUCAAUUAAAGAGGAGGAGUCAGAAUAUCCAAUUACAAUCAGAGAGAGACAUGACUAUGGUGGAUCCUCUGGGGAGCCUCAACAACAUCCUGAUGCUGACGAGGCAGAGAAGAGUCUCUCCAGAUCAGAACACCAGAUGGACAACGCUAGACCUUCCUCCCUCCCGGAGUCCCCGUGUCGUGCCUCUCCCGGUAGCACCUUACUGCUGGGUAUGAAGAGGUUGUCUGUGCUGCUGGUGGACUGCAGGAAAACAACGGGGCUGAGUGGAACAGUGAGAGGAGGAGCAGAGAAGAAAGGAUCAGAUUUGGCACAUCAAAGAGGAAAACCAAACUUGGAGGAACCAGAGAUGUCCGAACCAGCAAGACGACACCUCUGCUGCCAUUGUGGAAAGAGUUUUACCAAGUUAGGAAGCCUGAACAGACAUGAGAGGGGACACACAGAACCGAAGACACAAAAUUGCGCCCAGUGUGGAAAGAGUUUUAGCUACUUAGGAAAUCUGAAAGCUCAUGAGCGAACACACACACGGGAGAGACCUUUCCGUUGCUCCCAGUGUGGAAAGAAUUUUAAGUGGUUAGACACUCUCAAAACCCAUGAGCAAAUACAGACUAGGGAGAAGCCGUACCAUUGUGCCCAGUGUGGAAAGAGUUUUAGCCAGUCAGGAACCCUGAAGGAACACAUGAGACUGCACACAAGGGAGAAGCCUUACUACUGCUCACAUUGUGGGAAGAGUUUUAACCAUUUAGUUAGUAUGAAAAGACAUGAGAGGAUACACACAGGAGCGAAGCCACACCUGUGCUCCCUUUGUGGAAAGAGUUUUAAGCGGUUAGACACUCUCAAAACCCAUGAGCAAAUACACAUUAGGCAGAAGCUGUACCAUUGUGCCCAGUGUGGAAAGAGUUUUAGCAAGUCAGGAAGCCUGAAAGUUCAUGAGCGAAUACAUACAGGGGAGAAGUUAUACCAUUGCGCCCAGUGUGGAAAGAGUUUUAGCCAGUCAGGAAGCCUGAAGGAACACAUGAGACUGCACACAAGGAAGAAGACUUACUACUGCUCACAUUGUGGGAAGAGUUUUAACCAUUUAGUUAGCAUGAAAAGACAUGAGAGGAUACACACAGGAGCGAAGCCACACCCGUGCUCCCAGUGUGGAAAGAGUUUUAAGCGGUUAGACACCCUCAAAGCUCAUGAGCGAAUACACACAGGGGAGACACCACACCAUUGUGCCCAGUGUGGAAAGAGUUUUAAGCGGUUAGACACUCUCAAAACCCAUGAGCAAAUACACAUUAGGCAGAAGCUGUACCAUUGUGCCCAGUGUGGAAAGAGUUUUAAGCGGUUAGACACUCUCAAAGCUCAUGAGCGAAUACACACGGGGAAGAUACCAUACCAUUGCGCCUAGUGUGAAAAUAUUUUUUGCCUGUCAGAAAGCCUGAAAGUUCAAAGUGUUUUACACAUUUAGGAAGCCUGAAGGAACACAUGAGACUGCACACAGGGGAGAAGCCUUACAAAUGUUCAGACUGUGGGAAUACAUAUUACUCAUCACAGACACUUACAAAACAUGAGAAUCCACACAGGAGAGAAUAAUUACUUAUCCUAGUGUGUAAACUUGUAAUUCACAUCACAUACACUUACAAUUCAUCAGAGAGCGUACAACACUGCUCCCAUUGUCUUAUUUUGUUGACUGAGAAUGUUUACUUGUUUAUAAACUACAUGUUGAACUGACGUCUGUGCCCAGUGGGCUGGUUUGAAUAAACGGCAGGUGUUGGAUCAAUAUC